UCCAUGGCUGACAAACAGUCUCACCUCAAUGGUGCCUACUAUGGCCCCUCAAUCCCACCUCCUCCGAGAACCUACCACCGCCCCGGUCGCAGCUCGGGCUGCGGAUGCGGCUGCUGUCUUCUAAAGUGUCUCUUCAACAUCAUCAUCACCGCCGUCGUCAUCAUCGGCCUCGCCGUUCUCAUCUUCUGGCUCCUCUUCCGCCCCAACAGGGUCAAGUUCCAUGUCACAGACGUCCAACUCACCGAGUUCAACCUCACUGCCAACAACACUUUGCAUUACAACCUCGUCGUUAACAUGACGGUGCGUAAUCCCAACAGGAGGAUCGGCAUCUACUACGAUCGUAUCGAGGCUCGGGCUUACUUCGAGGAUCAAAGAUUCAGUACCAAAACGUUGACCCCGUUUUAUCAGGGACACAAAAAUACCAGUUUCUUGAACCCUGUUCUCGUAGGGCAACAAUUCGUGAGACUUGGUGCCAAGGAAACUUCAAAGUUGAAUGACGAGAGGAGAGAUGGGGUUUACAGUAUUGAUGUGAAGUUGUAUUUGAGGAUUAGGUUUAAGCUUGGAAGGAUCAAAACUGGUAGGUUUAAGCCUAGAAUUUCCUGUGACUUGAAGGUUCCUUUCAACUCAGCUUCCAAUAAUAGCGUCGCUGGUGCUUUUGAAACCACCAGGUGUGGUUUGGAUUUCUGAUGGGUCAUUGCUUUGAAUUUGUUCGAGCUGCUUCAUUCGGGGUUUCAUGUAAAUAUUUGUUGACUUUUGGGUUUAUGGGGUAGGUUUUGUUGAAUAAAAUAAUACUGAUUGUUUUGU